AUGUCUGGCUUUAAGUAUUCGCAGACAGAGACCAACUCCUACCCGAACGAAAAGAAUGCGAACGGCACACUUUCGCUAACGGCCCCUUCAGACAAGGGGGAAUGGAAUACGAAGGAUGUGGGGAGACAGGACAACGAGGGCGUUGAGCUCUCCGGAAAGAAGGGCAGCUGCCCACGAAAAUGUAUGGGGCAGAUUAUCUUCCUUUAUGUACUACAUAACCUAACAACGGAUGCAGGCCAAUCUAAAGGCCAACGAAAGAAAGGAAAGGGCAAAUGGCAGAAGGUGUCUUUGUCCGAAGCAACAAAGCCGACGACUCCAAACAAAGAUUGGUCGGUCAUUCCAGACCCAGAGCAGGCAAAGAUCCUGCAGGACUUGGUGGCAUUGUGCCGGUCGACGAACCCACACGUUGCUCGGAUGCGCCACUGGAAUACUUCGAAUGGGCAUGAAACCAGCCCAACUCGGCGAUCGGUCGUUGCCAUCGACUGUGAAAUGGUUCUGGUGGGCCCUGGCCAGAAUGAGGUAGUCCAGGUCUGCGCCGUGGAUGUACUAUCCGGGGAGAUCGUGGUCGACAAGGGUGUUGUUCCGACAAAGCCUGUCACAGAUUGGUGUACACCGUGGAGUGGAAUGACACCACAGCGCCUGGAGGAUAUGAAAAGGGAAGGCAAGACAGUAAACGGCUGGGAGGAAGCACGAGCGGAAGUCCUCAAAUUUGUCGAUGGCGAUACCAUCUUGGUUGGCCAUGCGCUUCGAAAUGAUGUGCGUGCUCUGAAGAUGCAGCACGCGAAGGUCCUCGAUACCGCCACUGUUACAAAGCAUGCGGUGACCAAUGAGAUGGUGGGAUCUGGUUGCAAGCGCACUCGGAAGUUGAAGACAUUGUGUCAAGAUUUCCUGGGGAUAAAUAUCCAGCAAUCUAGGAACGGACACGACUGUGUCGAAGAUACGCUUGCGACUAGAGAGGUGUUGCUUUGGUGUGUCCGCAAUCCGGACAAACUUAAGAAAUGGGCAGUGGAGCAGAGUGCUGCGAUACAAGCAGUAUCAAGCUCCUGCUCUUCUGGAAAGAAACUUGAGGACAGUACACCGUUUGAAGGUGUUGAAGAUUGGUUGUAG